CUCGACAGAUCAGUGUCGCCAUCCCUAUGUAAAGAAACCCUACCGCUCUCGUCUUCUCCAUCCCCAUCAUCAUCAUCAACUUCGCUUCCACAACACCAUCUGAAACCCGCGACCGAGAUGAGCUCGACGAGCAGAGCGUGGGUCGUGGCGGCAAGCGUCGCCGCCGUGGAGGCCCUCAAGGACCAGGGAUUCUGCCGCUGGAACUACACCCUCCGCUCCAUCCACCAGCGCGCCAAGAACCGGGCUAUGUCCUCGUUCUCUCAGGCCAACGGCGGCAGCAAGAAGAAGCGAUCUCCUCAGUCGUCGGCCGCAGCGGCAGCGGCUUCGAGGAGGCUAGCGGGAGAAGCCGAGGCGAGGCAGACGGAGGAGUCGAUGCGGAAGGUCCUGUACUUCAGCACUUGGGGUCCGUACUGAGGUUGUUCUCUGAAUAGCAGUAGAUUAGAUCGAGAAGGAAAUCCAAGUUCGUUGCUGAGAAUGAUGUAAACUGUAAAUACAUGCUGAAAUUACAGCAAGGCAAUAUGUAUUACGUGAAAGGACAUUUUCCCAUUUGCACUAUGGCUUAU